CUCCUCGGCCGGUUGAUCCAAACAACACGCAAUCGCGUCUCUCGUGUGUGUACACACACGCACACACUCCUGUGUGUGUCACAACGACACAAAAAGAAGCCAUUUAGCUAGCUAUAGAUCCUCCCACGACUCGACGGCUGGGCUCUCAUCCCGUGGGGCCUCUCUGUCUCUGCUGGUCUGCCUUUCGCCUUUCUUGUCCUCUGCCUGCGCACUCCUCACCGCCCCUUGUGUGGCACCGUCCCUCGCUGCACUCUCCCCGUCCGGGGGCGGCGGCUCGGCGGCCUGCGGCGACGCACUGGGGGCCUGCGCUGGCAGACUGGGGAUCUGACAGUUAGAACCGCAGAGCAGAGCAAGCACAUACAGACAGUGUGGCGAAAUGGAUGAGAUGAGUGUGUCAUUCAUCUGACCGACCUCGACUCGCAGGCUAGUGAACGGGUGUGACUUGGUCUUCAGGUGGCGCAUCGCUGCCUGAACACACAUAAAGAAACACACAACUCGGGUGUGCGUGCCGGUAUGUUCGUGUGCGUGGCGUGGGUCGUACCCCCCCGGUACGGUACCCACCUGAGCGGCUGAAGGCACGAGGAACUCGGCGUACAUGGUGUCGCCCUCUGCCCGGACCCGCAAGUCGCCCCUGAACGGCUCCAGCAGGUCGCUCAGCGUCUUGACUGUCGUACGCCGAUCCACGUGGAAGAAGACUAUACGUGGAACCAGCUGGCCGAACCGAAUCACGUUCUUCUGCAGUUGACACAAGGACAGACAAGGGCCCCACACACAUGCACACACAUGGAUGCUCAAAACACGUACGUCCAUCCGUCAAUUUCCUCACCUUCUUGAAGCCAGUUAGAGGACGGGCAAUGGCGCCCAAUGGAGGAGUGCGAUCAACAACCACUGAGCAGAGUCAACAAGUCAACACAGAAGGAAGGCUCCUUCUUCUCCCUCCGUGGCCCUCGCUCUCGUGGCUCUCUCACCCACACGCACGCACCUGACAGAAGUGGGUUGGGUACCCUCGACAGCCUUCCAUCGAACAUCACCACUGGGUGGGCAUGGUUGUCGUCCCCGUCUUUGGCCGUGUGCACUGCGAGCCCGUAGUGCAGCUCCGCAUAAGACUGGAUGAACUGCCGACGACGGCCGUCGCAGGGGGCCAGGUGCAUGCCCGAAUGGCGCGUUUUGACGACCAUGUCGAGCUUGGCCUCGAUGCCCUCCAGAUAACGGCGGAAGAAUCUCCCUUCCUCCACCAGAUCGUCCACGUAGAACUCCUCCUGCACUGGCUCGUCUUUGCGAAAGGCUGACGCCAACCGGCGGGCGCGGUCUGCCUCACCACACGCAUCCUCGCACGGCAGCUUCGGCAACUCACCUGACAAGACAACGUCAAAUGCAGCACAUAGCUGUCGGCGAGUGAGUAUGUGUAUGUGUGUGUUGGUGGUGUCUGUGACCUCUUCUGGGGUCGGCUGAGCAGCCGCCACACGGCACCUCCCUCUUGAGAUGGCCGCACCGGCACUGCAGCUGCACCUUCACCGGACAGGGCACAUCGGGGCAGGGCGAGCUGCCGUGACACGUAGCCUGCAUGGUAAGCAUGCACACACAUACAGACCACCUUGCAAUGCCUCCCUCCCCACGUGUGGCGCUCGCUCGCCUCGCAAAGGUGUUCGCAGUGCAGCCUCAGCUUGCCACACUUGUGAUUGCAGGGCGGGCAGGGCGGCGCGUGGCACGUCCGAGUGCAUUGGUGCUUCCCACAAGCGAGCGUCUUCUGGCAUAGCCGACCACACGAGACCUUCUCGCUCCUGACGAAACACGGCACGUUGGGCUUGACCACGUGGCCCCCGGCGCACAUUUUCUCGGUCAACACAGCACACGGCGGACAGUCGCCGAAGUGGCAUGUCGACUGCAUUGUUCACACACCACACACGACAGAGCAACAAAUGUCACGUGAGGUGUCGAAUAUCCACAUGCCCAUUCUUCUCGUACCUGACACUGGUGGCCACAAUCAAGAAUCUUUGUACACGGCAGGGUGCAGUCGGGUGGCUUGGUGCCGCAGGGGAGUGGGGGCUCCAGGGCCGUCCGCCCGCACGCACACGUCAGCGGCUCGCGAAGGGUGAUGGGACACGGCGGACAAUUCCCCAAGUGGCAGAAGUUGGUGCACCGAUGGCCUUCCACGCCGCAGCUGAGCGGCUUGCCACACACUAGCAGGCAGAGGUGUUCCUCAACGAGCACGUCCGAGGGCGUGUUGUAUGCCGGGCAGCACACGACGGUGCACCUGUGGCGGCCGCACGACUUGCGCCGCUUGCACUCGAGGUUGCAGAUGUACGGGCCCUUCUCCGCCUCACUGCAUGUCGUCCUGCGCGACUUGCGCCCGCAACGACAAUCCUACACCAACACACACACACAGAGAGAGAGAGAUGGCAGGUGCUGUGUUGGUCUGCUGGCGUCCUCCCUCCACCCCCUCAGUGACUGACCUGUUUGACCUCAAAUGAGCAGGGAGGGCAAGGGCCCUCAUGGCAGAGUGCCGUGCAGCCGUGCCCACACUCCCUCAGCCGACCGCACACCUCGCCACACGUCGGGAUGGGGGCCGUGCAGUCGACCCGUGCCGCCCUCUCAUCGCUGGUCAGUCGCCUCUUGCCGCACGGGCAGGUGACGACCCGGCUGGGGCUCCAUGGGCACGGGAAACACAUCCCGCCAUGGCACGUCCGCCGACACGUGUGCUUGCCGCAAUCGAGAGGCUGGAAGGAAGAGACAACAGACAGACGGAAGAUCUUCGUUCGUUAGUGCGUGUCAGUCAUUUGUUGCGUGCCGCCGUUGGUUGUGGUGGUCACCCACCCCCCCACCCACCCACCUUGCCGCAGACCUCUCCGCAGCUGAAUUUGGGUGCAGGGCAUGGCCGUGGCUCGGUGACCUUGCCGCAGUGACACGUCUGCUCAUCCAUCUCGCCACACGGCCCACACGCACCCGGAUGGCACUCCUACACACACACAUAUGUGGCAGUGUUUGUUCUAGUGCUCUUCUCUCUCUCGUCCGUGCGCACCUUCUGGCAUUGGUGUAUCCCGCAGUUGAGGGUCUUGCGACACUGCUCCCGGCAGCUGAAAGGCUCCACGUCGCCGCAGAGCUUCUGCACUCCCGUCCUGCCGCAGUGGCAGCGGAUGACCAGGCCCAUCGCAGUGCAUGGCGGACACGGUCCAGGGUGACAUCUGGACACCAUUCACCACACCAUCACAAACACGCAGUGCACGUGUGUUCCUUUCUGCGUCCACUUUGUCGCUUGCGUACAUCAGAGGGCCUGAGCAAGGCAGAGCAGCAAGGCAGCGUGUGUGUGUAAGUGCGCACACAGCUGAUCUGACAUGUCCGGCGGCAGCGUUGCUUACAUGGGUGUGGGCAGGCGCCGACGUUGUUGCCUCCGGUGCUGGGUGGUGCCCCGCUCUGUGACGCCGGAGUCCUCCUCCUGGAGCACGGCUCGCCGCACGAAUGGGGGCACUGCGAGAAGUCAACUGGAGGAGGAUUCUGGUGCACAGACAGACAUCACACAGUGCACAACAGCAAGCAGUGGCCAUUCCUCGGCUGGUUUAGUCACCCAACCCACCCCACCAACCUUGCACCGUCCACAGAAGCACUCGUACUGGGGCAGCUUGUCAGCCAGGUGGAUGUACUGACACUGACGUCAACGAACCAACCAACCAACCAUCACACACACACGGACAACAGCCAGGAGUCAGACUGUUGCCACACUCAAGCGAGAGUGCACUCACUCACUCCCUCACCGCCGGGCAUCGCCAGUCGAGUGUUUCUGUGCCGUGGUCGGUGUUGGACUUGCGUAUCCAGCUGUGGAUGCACCGCAGGUGGAACAUCGCAAAACACGACGGGCAGCUCCAAAUGGCCGUGUGCCUACACACACACACACACACCACAUCCAAGACAGACAGCCGUUUUGUCUCCUCUUCCACCCACCCCACCCCUCGGCCGACCUGCCGACACGACCCAUGCAGAUCAUGCAGUCGUAGUUGCCCUUCUUGAGCAGGCGAGUCAGCCGCUCUGUCAGCUGACUCCCGCCAGCUGGCAAGUCCUGAUCCUCUGUUUCUCCUGCUGCGGGAGGUGUGACGACCCUGUUUGGCCGAUGGUUGUCCCUCCUGCCUCCUUGUCCGCGGCCAUGGCGCCCGCCUCGAUGCUCAGACGGUGCCGGUUGGCUCGACGAGGUUGAUGAAGGGACGUAUGGAGGGAUCUCACCUUCAGCACUCCCUGCCUGCCGCGAAGUCCCUGGCUGCCGCUGUUCCUGCCGGGGUCGCCAGACGGCGGCGCUCUGGCCCUUCGGGCGCCACGACUUCAUCCCAAAGAACCGCCGAAUGCUCUGAUCGCC